GCGUUUCAGGCGAUAACCUUGAUCAUCACAACAUGCGUUUCAUGCACCGAUUAUGAAAAAAACUUUAUUGCAAUAAUUUUCUGUAUAUUUGUAUGAAGUAAUACACAAUGAAGAUUCUUUUACAUUCAAAACAUCUGUUACAACAUGGAUCAUUUAUUUUCCGCAAGAAUUAUGUUUACCAAACAGCCUUGUAUUCAACUAAAAAAGUUGGGGAAGUGAUAAAAGAUGUAAACAGAAUCCGGAAUAUUGGUAUAUCUGCUCACAUUGACUCAGGAAAGACAACUCUUACCGAGCGACUUCUAUUUUACACAGGGCAGGUCGAUGAAAUGCAUGAGGUGAAAGGUAAGGAUCAAGUAGGUGCUAAGAUGGACUUCAUGGAAUUAGAGCGACAACGUGGGAUAACCAUACAGUCUGCCGCGACAUUUGUCAUGUGGAAAGAUGUCAAUAUUAACAUAAUUGACACACCUGAAUCAGAUUUUAAUUGUAGGAAAAAGUUGAUGGAAGUAGGUCACAAUCAGGUGGUGCAAGAUGGGUUCCAUGAUGAGGAUGGUUGGAAAGCUGACAUGGCAGAAUCAGCGACUUUAGGUGACGCAAUACGACGAGCGACUUUAAAGAGAGAGUUUACACCAGUUAUGUUAGGGACAGCAUUAAAGAACAAAGGGGUGCAGCCACUCUUGAAUGGAAUUCUAGACUUUUUACCUAAUCCAUCAGAGGUCACCAAUUAUUGUUUGGACAAUAGUUCUGGAGAAGAAGUGAAAACUGUCAUGGAUUCUGACAGAACUUUAGAGCAUCCAUUUAUUGGACUUGCAUUUAAAUUGGAGGCUGGAAGAUUUGGUCAGCUAACUUAUAUGCGUGUGUACCAGGGUGGAAUGCAAAGAGGUGAUGUGAUUUUCAAUACAAGGACUGGCAAGAAAACUAAAGUCUCGAGACUUGUCAGAAUGCAUGCUGAUGAGAUGCAGGAUAUACCAGAGGUUUAUGCUGGCGAUAUAUGCGCUCUAUUUGGAAUGGAUUGUGCCAGUGGUGAUACUUUUGUUACUAAGGGAAAUAUGAACUUAUCUAUGGAAUCUAUGUAUGUAGCAGAACCUGUGAUAUCUAUGUCAAUUAAACCGGCCAAGAAUGAACAUAUAGAGAACUUUUCAAAAGGAAUAGCAAGAUUUACAAAAGAAGAUCCGACAUUUAAAGUUCACUGGGAUGAUGAUAUAAAAGAAACUAUUGCAUCAGGAAUGGGAGAAUUACAUCUGGAUAUUUAUGGCCAGAGGCUUGAAAGGGAGUUCAACUGUAAAGUGAUAAUGGGAAAACCUAAAGUGUCAUUUAGAGAAUGUAUAGUUUCACCUGUAGAUGUUGAGUAUCAACACAAGAAACAGUCUGGUGGUCGUGGUGAAUAUGCUAAAGUUAUUGGGACAGUGGAGCCUUUACCUGUAGAGAAUAAUACAAAGAUUGAAUUUAAAGAUAAAACAGUGGGAACUAAUGUACCUAAGAAUUACAUACCUUCAAUUGAAACUGGAUACAGAGAUUAUUGUGGGAAGGGUCCCCUAGCUGGACAGAAAGUAUCAGGAACAUUGUUUGUAUUAAAAGAUGGUGAUCACCAUACGGUAGAUUCUAGUGACUGGGCUUUCCAGCAGGCAGCACAUGGAGCAAUGAAGCAAGCAUUUGAUAAUGGACACUGGCAGAUCUUGGAACCAAUAAUGAAUGUGGAGGCAAAUGCCCCUGAAGAAUUUCAAAGUGCAGUAAUGCAAGGGUUGUCUAACCGUAAUGGUAUUGUGCUGGGAACUGAUAGUAGUGAUGGAUAUUUCACAGUGUAUUGUGAGGUACCACUUAAUAACAUGUUUGGAUAUUCCUCGGAGUUGCGGUCACAGACACAAGGUAAAGGUGAAUAUACGAUGGAGUACAGUCAGUACUGUCCAGCACUUCCAGCCACACAACAAGAACUUAUCGCACAAUACGAGUUGGAGCAACAGGAAAACACACAUCAGAAAAAGAAGAAAAAGAAAAAUUGAUGAUGAUUUAAUUUGUAGAAAAAAAAAUUCACAACUAAGUCCAAACCAAAUGAAUGUGAUAACAGAAUGAUGAGUUUACAUUUAGUGUUGGGUUUUUAUGUACAAACUUGACUAAACCUUCAAUACUUUCUCCUUAUUGGUGUCAUCGUUAACUUGCUUAGAAUUUUGGAUGGACCACUUUUAAUUUAUAUGAUUCAUAUUGCAUAAAUGUGUGGAGAAGUGUCAUUUUUUUGUGUCAAAAGCUCAAUAUUAUCUCCCAUAGUGGUCCCACAAUAUGACAAUAGAUGACAUAAAAACUUAUAUCCAUACACUAUGUGAUACAUGUAUUUUCGUCAGUUUUCACAAAGUCUGAUGAUUAUAUUAAAUUUUUGUUUGUCAAGCAAAUGUUUUCACUUUGCUUAAAUCAGCUUUGUAAAGAUUGCCAAUAUGAUGCUGUUUUUAUUUCAGUCUUAGAUAUUUAUGAUGACCUAGUGAAAAUGAUUAUGUUACAAUGUUUAUCAAGGCAAAAC